GGGGUGAGGGAGAAGGAAAUUAUGGCCUCCCCAGCAGCUGUUGGCAAAGUCUUCCUCAACUGGUCCGUGAUCCUCCUGUAGCCUGUCAGUGGGCACAGGUGCUCGGGCAGCCACUGAUUUGCAAUGCAGAUAGAUACCUGGCUGCUACCCCUGAACUUCGUGUGUCUUAUAAGAGGGUGCGGACUUCCGGACUGGGUUACUUGGGGCGAGAGCAGCAUGUGAGACAGGCUUCGCUCUGUUCUGCCUCCCACCCACCUACUGGCCCGCACUGCCCUCCUCUUCCAACCUGCUCCGGCAGCAUGUCUCUGCUCCAUCCGGUCCUGCUGCCCCCCGAGGUGAAAAGCUAUCUAACCCGAGGAGAGCGCUUCAUCAAAUGGGAUGAUGAGACUUCAGUGGCAUCUCCGGUCAUCCUUCGAGUGGAUCCCAAUGGCUAUUACUUGUACUGGACAUAUCAAAGCAAGGAGAUGGAGUUCCUGGACAUCACUAGCAUUCGGGACACUCGGUUUGGAAAGUUUGCUAAGAUGCCCAAGACCCAGAAACUUCGGGAGGUUUUCAACUUGGAUUUCCCUGACAACACCUUCCUGCUGAAGACGCUGACUGUGGUGUCUGGCCCAGACAUGGUGGACCUGACCUUCCAUAACUUUGUCUCCUACAAAGAGAAUGUCAGCAAGGACUGGGCUGAAGAUGUUCUGGCCUUAGCUAAGAACCCAUUAGCAGCCAAUGCCCCUCGGAGCAGGUUCCUGGAUAAAAUCCUAGUAAAGCUCAAGAUGCAGCUCAAUCCAGAAGGAAAGAUCCCUGUGAAGAAUUUUUUUCAGAUGUUUCCUGCAGACCGGAAACGAGUAGAGGCUGCCCUCAGUGCCUGUCACCUUCCCAAGGGCAAAAAUGAUUCCAUCAACCCUGAGGAUUUCCCUGAGCCUGUCUACAGGAGUUUUCUCAUGAAUCUAUGUCCCCGACCUGAAAUUGAUGAGAUCUUCACCUCUCACCAUGCCAAAGCAAAGCCUUACAUGACCAAGGAGCAUCUGACCAAGUUCAUUAACCAAAAACAACGGGAUGCCCGACUCAACUCCCUACUCUUCCCACCAGCUCGACCUGACCAAGUACAAUGCCUCAUUGAAAAGUAUGAGCCCAGUGGCAUCAACAUCCAGAGGGGUCAGCUAUCCCCCGAGGGGAUGGUUUGGUUCCUGUGUGGUCCUGAGAACAGCAUAGUGGCCCAGGACAAGCUGAUACUGCACCAGGACAUGAGUCAGCCUCUGAAUCACUACUUCAUCAACUCAUCCCACAACACCUACCUGACAGCUGGCCAGUUCUCAGGACCCUCGUCCUCAGAGAUGUACAGACAGGUCUUGCUCUCUGGCUGUCGCUGUGUGGAACUUGACUGCUGGAAAGGGAAACCUCCUGAGGAAGAACCCAUCAUUACCCAUGGUUUCACCAUGACCACAGACAUUUUAUUCAAGGAUGCAGUGGAGGCCAUUGCUGAGAGUGCCUUCAAGACCUCACUCUACCCUGUCAUCCUGUCCUUUGAAAACCAUGUAGACUCGCCCCGACAACAGGCCAAGAUGGCAGAAUAUUGCCGUACCAUAUUUGGGGACAUGCUCCUCACUGAGCCCCUGGACAGGUUCCCUGUGAAGCCAGGGGUUCCCCUUCCCAGUCCCCAGGACCUUCUGGGCAAGAUCCUCAUCAAGAAUAAGAAGAAUCAGGCCCCAGCUCCUGUUCCACCCAAGAAGGAACUGUGUGAGGAGACAGAGGGCUUCAGCCAGCCCAGUCCAGCCAUGGGUGAGGACACAGUGUGGGUUGGUGAAGAAGAGGCUGAGCUGGAGGAAGAGGAAGAAGAAGAAGAGGAAGAAUCAGGUAACCUGGAUGAAGAGGAAAUAAAGAAGAUGCAGUCGGAUGAGGGCACAGCUGGCCUGGAAGUGACAGCAUAUGAAGAGAUGUCUAGUCUGGUCAACUACAUCCAGCCCACCAAGUUCAUCUCCUUCGAGUUCUCCUCCCAGAAGAAUCGGAGUUACGUCAUCUCUUCCUUCACGGAGUUGAAGGCUUAUGACCUGCUCACCAAGUCCCCUGUGCAGUUUGUGGACUACAAUAAGCGUCAGAUGAGUCGGAUCUACCCCAAGGGCACCCGAAUGGACUCAUCUAACUACUCUCCCCAGAUGUUCUGGAAUGCAGGCUGCCAAAUGGUUGCCCUCAAUUUCCAGACCAUGGAUAUGCCAAUGCAGCAGAACAUGGCACUGUUUGAGUUCAAUGGGCAGACUGGCUACCUUCUCAAGCAUGAGUUCAUGCGCCGGCCGGACAAGCAAUUCGACCCCUUCUCUGUGGACCGUAUCGAUGUGGUGGUGGCCACAACUCUUUCCAUCACGGUGAUUUCUGGGCAGUUUCUGUCGGAACGAAGUGUCCGGACUUACGUGGAGGUGGAGGUGUUCGGCUUGCCUGGAGACCCCAAGAGACGCUACCGCACCAAACUGACACCCAAUGCCAACUCCAUAAAUCCUGUCUGGAAAGAGGACCCCUUUGUCUUUGAGAAGAUCAUGAUGCCAGAACUGGCCUCUCUACGAGUGGCAGUACUGGAAGAAGGAGGCAAAUUCAUCGGGCACCGGAUUAUCCCAGUCCAUGCCCUACAGUCAGGAUACCAUCACCUGUGCCUCAGGAGUGAGAGCAACAUGCCCCUGACCAUGCCUGUUCUCUUUGUUUUCCUGGAGAUGAAAGAUUACGUGCCUGACACCUGGGCAGAUCUGACUGUGGCUCUUGCCAACCCCAUCAAAUUCUUUAAUGCACAAGACAAGAAGUCAGUAAAGCUGAAGGACACAGGAAAUGACCCACCUGAGAGGCCUUUGCCACAAAGGAACUCGGCUCUGGGCCAAGCCAAUGGGGCCCUCACCUCUGCAGGCUCCUCUACGGCCCCAUCACCCAAUGGUCCUGCAGCAGCUGUGACCUGGUUCAAGGAAGAAGCAAUGAAAGAGGUGGCAGAACCUCAGACAGCCAGCCUGGAGGAGCUGCAGCAGUUGAAAGGGUUCCUGAAACUUCAGAAGAGACAGGAAAAGGAACUUCGAGAACUGGAGAGGCGGGGAGCCCGGCGCUGGGAGGAACUCCUGCAAAAGUAUGCCAGCCUACGGGCAGAACUGACCCCCCACAGUGGAUGCAGGAAGUUGUCUGUCACAAAGGGAUCCCGGAAGAAGAGGAACUUGCCUUGGGAGGAGACCAGUGGGGCUGGGCCGGGGCGAGUCGAGGGCCCAGAAAGCACAGAUGGGCGUGUUCAAGAGCUGAAGGAAAAGCUGGAGACAGAAUUGUACCAGCAAGGGGAGGAGCAGUAUGAAAGCAUCAUGAAACGCAAGGAACAGCAUGGCAUGGAGCAAAUCGCCAAGGUGAUGGAGUUGGCCCAGGAGAGACAAGCAGCUGAGCUAAAGGCUCUCAAGGAAUCUGCAGAAAGCAACACCAAAGAGAUGAAGAAGAAGCUUGAAGUCAAGAGGCUUGAACGGAUUCAGGCCAUGAGCAAGAUCACCAGUGACAAGAUGGCCCAGGAGAGGCUGAAGAGAGAGAUUAACAACUCACAUAUACAGGAAGUGGUUCACAUCAUCAAACAGAUGACAGAAACCCUGGAGAGACACCAGGAGAGGCUGGAAGAAAAGCAGGCAGCCUGCCUGGAGCAGAUCCGGGAGAAGGAGAAGAAGUUCCAGCAAGAGGCAUUGUCUGAAUAUGAGGAACGGAUGAGGGGCCUGGAGGCCAAGGUGAAGGAGGCAGUGAGGUGCUGCCUCAGUUUCCCCCAAGACAUCCAUGAAAAGAAACUGGAGACUCCCAGUGCUGUGGAGGAACCUUCAGAGGAGGCAUCUCAGCCAACCGAGGCUUCUUCCCGGCUAGAUAGCCAUCUCUAAAGUCUAAAGAUCUCCCCUCCCAUUCUGGGAUGAGGGCAGGGCUCCAGCUAGGGAGUAUGCCUCAAACCCUGUUGUCUCACUGUGUUGUCUCACCUGCCCGUGUUCCCUUAUCAUAAAGGGAGUCCAGAGUACAUACUAGCUAGAGGGAAUUGGGGCUGCUCUGGGGGCCUGGCUGUGACCCCUGUUCUUUAGCCCCAUCUACAGUUUCUGACAUCCAACUGUCUCGGACAAAGGUCAGGAGACAGGAGGGUGGGGUUCUGUUUUAGGACAGUCCCCUAGGAGUCAGACAGCACUGGUCAGGACUGGGAAAAAGAACAUUUCUGACCUGGUCAGAUCUUGGAACCUCUCAGAAGAGCCGGCCUCUGUGAUGGUUUGUUAAUCAUACUGGUGUUAAUCUUAAGUGCUCUUAUUUGUCCUUGCCCCUUAUCCAAAUUACUUCACCUCUAUUGUUGUCGAUUCUCAAGGAAAAUCCAGGGUUACUCUUUCCAACUCUAUCAACAUGAGGACCAAACCCAUAAUUCCAGGGUAACUCUGGGCUCUGGAUAGAUAUUCCCUGCUACGUGAACCCAGAAUCCAUACCCUUACAUUGUCCUGAGUUUUUCCUGGCCUGGAACUGUUUCAGACUAAGGAUUCUUCCCGGGAUAGGAGGAUCGGGUACCCUUCCCUCCUUACCACCUACUGAAGAGAGGAUGACUUAGGAGGAGUACCCUGCUUUUCCCUGGCACCUUUGUUCCUUAGGCUUCAGAAAACAGUUCAAGGGGUGGCAGUGAGUGGGAGAUGAACGAUUCAAGGAACCCCAAUGUCUACAGCUCAUAGGGUACUCAGACUAUCUGUCCCUCCCCACUCCCCCUUGUCCUAGGGUUAACUAACUAUAAGCUCUUAGGAUUAUCUCAUCCUUUCCCUUGAAUUAUCUCAUUCAUUCUGCACCCCUCCCUAACCCCUUUCUAUCCUUUCUUCUUGCCUAUGGACCUCAAGAAACAGAUAGAACUCAGGCCUUCAAGCCCCUAGAUUAGCGUUCCUCCCUCCUUACCCCCACAAUCUCCAACAGUGGAAAUGACUUCUGAGGGACAGGCUGCCUAGGUAAAAUCAUUUGUGGUUGGAGCGGGAAGGGGAGGAAGAGAGAAGGUCACUAUCAGUCCGGUGUCAUUUCAGGUUAUUUAUUAUUUGUUUUCUUUUUGACUUCAUUAAAGACUGCUGUUACCUACUGAAACCUGAGGUUCUGUUCUAGAUCAAGGGGCUGGAAUGUUCCUGGUCAGAAGAUAAAUUCUUGACACCUCCUCCCUCUAUCCUAAAACCUCAAGUUAUGCCCUACAGCUCUAAGAACCAUGGCUACCCCUGUGAGUCCCUUCAUGGGGGGAAGAGAAGGCUUCUUCCCACUAUCCCAGCAAGAUUUUUUCCCUGCGGCCAGUACUGCUAAUUACUCUACAGGCAGAGUGUCCUUUCUCUGGGUUGGGAAGCAAAUUUCCUUUCCCUUCCCCAAAUGGUUGUCAUAAAUAAUACAACAGGAAGGAAUCCCUGUCAAUGUCUUAUCCAGCCAAUAAACGGGUGAUGUUAGUGGUGAGAA